AUGUUACCUCCCGGAAGCAGGCGGUCUAAGAUAAGACCACCGAGGAAGUCUUUGGUUAGCUCUUCUAUUGGGAAUUCUAGUGGAGAUUCGGUUGUUGACUAUGAUUUAUCGUGGUCGGUACUUUCAAAUGCCAUCACACAGAUCCAGAAUAAAAAUGUUUCUAAAUUAUCGUACGAGCAAUUGUAUAGGAAGGCAUACAUUUUGGUGUUGAGGAAAUACGGGGCCAAACUCUAUGAUGAUGUUUCCCUGUUGAUUAAGCAGCAUUUACUCCAUAAGAGACAGAAUUUGCUCACGAUAUUGAAUCUGUCUUCGUCGUUGAAUAAUUCGAUCAAUGAGGAUUUUAUGAAGGCGGUAUUGGUGGAGUGGGACGAGCAUUUGCAGUCAAUGAAGUUUAUAAGCGAUGUUUUGAUGUAUCUUAAUCGUGUGUAUGUUAAAGAGCACAAGAAGUUACUUAUCUACGAUAUGGGAAUCCAAUUGUUCAAGGAUAAUAUUAUCAAGCACGAAAAUAACGAAUUGGGAUCAAAAUUGAUUGAAAUAGUUGUGGGCGAGAUCACUAAGAACAGAAAGGGUGAGGUGAUAACGACAAAGAUGUACAUAACCAAAAUUAUCAAUAUGCUUGAGUUGUUAAUUGAAACUAGCAAUUCGGGCAAUGACUUGCAAUAUGGAGAAAAUUACUAUCAGAGAUAUUUCGAGCCCAUAUUUCUUGCAAGUUCGGAGACAUUUUUUUACAAUUUAUCCCAGGAGUUCAUGAAUAAUGUACUUGGAACGAAAUAUUUGCACGAUGCAUAUCGCUUUAUCAAGGAAGAAGAAAAUAGAAUCAACUUUUAUUUACCUGCUUCGACGUAUCCAAAAAUAAUAGAUCUAAUGAAUAACAUUAUAAUUAAAGAUAAGAUCGAUAAAAUAUUGUGUCUCCCAUUGGAGCAACAGGGUUUAUCAUACUGGUUAGAACCAGUACUUUCAAAUAUAUUUGAUCAAAAUUUAUCGUCUAAAGGAGGAAACCACCAUUUUACGGAAUUGAAGAUACUAUAUGAGUUGUUGGGUAGAAUUGACCCUGACUAUGGACUUUUCAAAACUCGCUUAAAAGACUUAGUUAUAUUUCAAGGUAACACGUUGCCUUCACUUGUUAAGGAGACAAUAUCUGUUAAAGAUGAUAGCUCCUCAUCGAAGAAAUCUAGUUCUAAUUCUACUGCUUUUGCGUCUACGUGGAUUAAUUCUAUCUUAGAAUACCAAAACCAGUUUUCAAAGAUAGUCAAAGAAUCAUUUUCGGGUGAUGCUAUAUUGGAACAAUGCAUAACCAUGGGUAUGAGGGAAUUCAUAAAUGGGGCUCUAAAUGCGUCUAGUGGUAGUAAAAAAUUGAACACAUCAUCAGGAAGCAGUGCACCUGAAUUGCUAUCGAUUUAUAUGGAUUAUAGAAUCAAGCAGCUUACGAAAAAUCCUGGAUCAAGUUCCAAAAGUAUUUCAAACGAAAAUGAUAAUGACAUGAAUGGAUCAUCAGUAGAUCAAACUGAUGAUUUAAUUAACAAAUCUGUUGCAUUUUUAAGGUUUGUAAAGGAUAAAGAUGCAUUUGAAGCACAUUACGCAAAUCAUUUUGCCAAAAGAUUUUUAAACUUUAAAACUUCUUCGCAGGGAACCAGUGUGUCGAGUAAUGGGAAAUUAGGAGUAGACAUCGAAGAAUUGAUAAUAUCGAAAUUGGGAGAAGAAAUGGGAACAACAUCAUUGCAUAAGGUCAUUAAAAUGGAUAAAGACAUAAAGCUGUCUCGUGAAUUGACCAAAGACUGGAAGGGCUAUGUGAACCAAAAUCACAAGAAAUCAUUAAUAGAGUUAGAUUUGAAGGUCUGUAAUGUUUCCGAUUGGCCAAAAUCAAUGACAAAAGAUUAUAAGAAGUUUGCACGGGACGACACAAAUAACGAAAUUGGAUUUAUUUGGUCUCGUCAGUUACGAUCCACCAUUAAAGAGUUUGAAGAAUUUUGGUUCACAAAUAAAAGAAACGACAAUAAAUCCCUUUACUGGUGUCCUAAAUUUGGUUCUAUGGACUUGAGAAUAACAUACCCAACAAAAACUUACGAUAUAAGCAUGUCAACAUACGCGGGAAUCAUCAUGCUUUUGUUCGCACCACAAUCCACUGAUUCAGGAGGUAAUGAGGUUCUGGCAUUUGAUGAGAUGAGAGAACUUACGUAUGACGAAAUUAGAGAGCUCACGGGCAUACCGGAGGCAGAUUUAAAGAGACAAUUACAAUCUAUUGCGGUCGCCCCAAGACUGAGACUUUUAAUUAAAGUACCAAUGACAAAAGAAGUGAACAAUAGUGAUGUCUUUAAAUUGAAUGAGAAGUUCAAGUCACCUUCCACAAAGGUCAAGGUUUUGACCGUUUCAGCUUCCUCUAGUGGUGCUUCAAGUCUGAAAGUUUCCACUUCCAAUGAUGCUGCAUCAGCUAAAACGGUUCAAGAAGAAGAAUUUGAAGAAGUAGAAUCAAGUAUUCUAGAAGGUCGUAAGAUAGAAAUUAAUGCUGCAAUCGUACGCAUAAUGAAAUCACGUCGUACAAUUAACCAUAACGAUUUGAUAAGUGAAUUGGUGAAACAGUUGCAAAAUAGAUUCCAAACACUGAAUAUUCUUAUCAAACGGAGAAUUGAAGAUUUGAUUGAGAAAGAGUACUUAAAAAGAGAUGAUAAUGAUAGAAGUUUAUACCACUAUGUCGCCUAG